UCAGAUGGUUAAAUGCCUAGUUUGACUAAUCCAAUAACACAGUUAGUCUGCCUGUCUUUGUCCUCUUCAUUCUCCAAGUGAACUUACAGGUGUCUGAAGCAGAAUACCUGGUUACCCAUUCAUACAUGGAUAUGAUUCUCCAUCCCAGCUCCAGAGGCUGCUACUAAUUAUCUGCCUGUUCAGGGAAAGUGAGAUGAUCCUUCCAACUGAUGGAUAUUACAACUUGUACAUUAAAGCCUAAUCAAAUCCCUGAUGCCAAAAUGACCGAACGUUUUGAUUGCCACUAUUGUAAGGAGACGCUGUUUGGCAAGAAAUACAUUCUGAAGGAGGACAGUCCCUACUGCAUCAAGUGCUAUGAGAGCUUGUACUCCAACACCUGUGAGGAGUGUAAGAAGCCAAUCGGCUGUGAUUGUAAGGACCUGUCCUACAAGGAUCGUCAUUGGCAUGAAACCUGCUUCCAUUGCUUCCAGUGCAAGAACUCCUUGGUGGACAAACCUUUUGCUGCAAAGGAAGAGCACCUCCUUUGUACCGAAUGUUACUCAAAUGAAUACUCCUCCAAGUGUAACGAGUGCAAAAAGACCAUCAUGCCAGGGACACGGAAGAUGGAAUAUAAGGGAAGCAGCUGGCAUGAGACCUGUUUUAUCUGCCAUCGGUGCCAACAGCCCAUCGGAACAAAGAGUUUUAUUCCCAAGGACAAUCAGAAUUUCUGUGUGCCCUGCUAUGAGAAGCAAUUUGCUAUGCAGUGUGUACAAUGCAAGAAGCCAAUCACUACUGGAGGAAUUACUUACCGAGAGCAGCCAUGGCACAAAGAGUGUUUUGUGUGUAUUGGAUGCAAAAAACAGCUAUCUGGACAACGUUUCACUUCCCGAGAUGAGUUUGCAUAUUGUCUAAAUUGCUUUUGUAGCCUCUAUGCCAAGAAGUGUGCAGGAUGCACUAACCCAAUUAGUGGGCUUGGUGGUACCAAGUAUAUUUCUUUUGAGGAACGGCAAUGGCACAACGAUUGUUUCAACUGCAAGAAAUGUUCCCUAUCGUUGGUGGGCCGUGGUUUCCUCACAGAAAGAGACGACAUCCUGUGUCCCGAAUGUGGGAAAGAUAUUUAAAAGAUGAAAAGCAUUUUUGGAAAAAAAAUGUAUUUACAUGUUUUCUAAUAUACAUAAUGAUGUGCAUGAUUUUUGAUCAAAAGUGCAGAAUUUUUUUUCUCAGCAAUAGUUAACACUAGCUCUUUUUGGGUGCUAGGCCUCAACACAAUAUAGUAAUAUAUACAAAGGAAACAGAGCCAUGAUUGCUGGUUACACCUGCAAUUUUAUUGUACAUUAGAGCUCAUCCUUCGGACCUCAGCCUCCCUUCAUAGAGCGGAUUUGAGAGCAUCUACUCAAGUUUGAUCAAUUAGGUGGUAGAAUCUAGCCAACAUCAGUUGAUCUUGAAAAACAAGCAAGUUCAGAUUUGUUUAAUAUUUGGACAGGAAACUACCAGAAAUUCCAAGGCUAUAGAUUUCACUGAGAAUUAAAAUAUUUUUUUAAAGGCAGCGGUAAGCCACUUUGGCAUUGAGGAAAAAAGUUCAUCUCCAUUAAGUCACCAAGGAAUUGAUCUCAUUUGAAAUAGACUUUUUUACUCACAUUCACUUGAAAGCAAGUAAAAACAUCACUGGAAUAUAUUCCAGAUGUUAUGGAGCAAUUAAAGCAGGGUUUCAAAUUGUGCAGAGGUCUUAGAGCUCAACUGAGAGAUUGGGAAUAAAAAGGUUUGGUCUGGAUAAUGAAGCCUGGCAAACAGGGAGAACUUGUGUAGGCAUUAAAUGUGAGCCUUCCUCUCCUUUUAGACUGUAGAAACGUAUUGGAGUAGAUGUAACAGAGAAAAGGUAAAUCUUUUUCUAUCAGUUAUCAAGCAAUACUUAUUCCUAAAUGCAAAACAUUAGAUAAUAUCACUAUAAUCUUCUCUUUGUCAGAUACAAUAAGAGAAUUUCUGGAGAAUUACAACUGCCACUGAUUAGUGUUGGUGGAGGAAGAAUCAAUAUUUAAACUUCCCAGUUCACAAAUGUAUAGAUGAUAAUAAUGUAGGUUAAUUUAGAUACAGAUCAGUAAUACUAUAUUUGUGCCAUAUCUUAAAAAGAUUGGUUAAAGAAUAUGAUUUUCUUCAUCAGCAUUUGGAGCUGUUCCCAUUUCCAAACACAUGAAUUUGUUUCCAAAUAAAUGCCCAAGUUUGGUGGAUGCAAAUAUACAAUACAUUAUUUCAGGAUGUUGCAAGAUCGUUGCACAAAAUACAGUUUUUACUCCUAACAAAUUUUUGAAAUUUCAUUGCACCUUAGAGAUUGCAAAGUAAUAAAUGUAUUUCUAGCAAAGUGUUGUAUUUUUGUGAAUUUUAAUAAAUGUUUGUUAGCCAUUAAGGUAAAGCUUGAGUAGACUCUUUAAAAAUAUGAAUCUACAUAAAAAGAGGAACUGUUGAUUUCUAAAAGAAGCCCAAUUUUCAGAAACCAAUAUAAAAUCAAAGCAUUUUAUAUUGGUUUCACCAUUACGAACUGUCUCAUAAAAUAUGGGACAUCGUUAACUACUUCAUAUGGAGGUAACGAAUUGCCCUACCUUCCUGAAAUAGAGCAUAAUGCAAAUUUACCUUCCAUUCUAUUUCUUGUGCUCUUGUAGUUGUGAUAAUGCAUUAUCUAUUUGCUGCAUUUCCUUAUUUGUGUAGACCUUGAUCACAACAGCCAUUUGUCUACAGAUGAUUCAGUGUGUAAGACAAAUCUACUCAAGGUAAU